AUGAUUCGAAGCGCCCUAUUACCUGGCUCGUUGAAUGGAAUCAUAUACUAUCUCUAUCCGGAGUUCUCCCGAUUACUCGAUCCAAGAGUCUGGGUGGAAGCGGCGACUCAGAUAUUUUUCUCGCUUAGCUGUUGCAACGGUGGCCUUAUCGCCAUGUCCAGUUUUAAUAAAUUCAAAAACAACUGUUGUCGCGAUGCGGUAAUUGUAGCUGUUAUAAAUUGUGCCUCCUCCGUCUAUGCCGGCUUUGUCAUCUUUGCCAAUCUGGGUUUUAUGGCAUAUUCGAAGAACACGACGGUUGAUGCUGUGGCUAGAUCGGGUCCGGGUCUGGCGUUUGUUGUUUAUCCGGAAGCAAUCACAAAUAUGCCGUUACCCUCACUUUGGUCUGUGCUAUUCUUCUUCAUGAUGUGCACGCUUGGAUUCGGUUCUCAGUUUUCAAUCCUUGAGGCAGUCAUAUCCGGUUUACAAGACGAACUACGUCGUUUGGGUUAUGUGUUCACCAAUAUGAAAGCCAUAUUCUUCCGAUGUGUAAUUUGUACGAUCAACUUCCUGUUGGGCUUACCCAUGCUUUGUGGGGGCGGAUAUUACUUAUUUUAUCUGGUUGAUAACUAUCUUUCCGGUUAUCCGCUUCUGAUUAUUGCAGUUGCCGAAACUUUGGUCAUUGGAUAUGUAUACGGGAUGCGCCAAUUCCUCCGUGAUAUCGCGCUCAUGAUAAACGAGCGUCCAAACUGGUAUUGGCGUCUGUGCUGGAUGUUCGUCACGCCACUUAUCAGCAUGGCCUUACUCCUGUUCCUCUUUAUUGCUGGAGAAGAAUUCACUUUGGAGAAAUAUCGUUAUCCUCGAUGGGCGUUGGGUCUGGGCAAUUUGAUCGCCUGUGCCCCAGUCGUCCUGAUUCCUAUCUGGUUCUUAUACAAAUAUUGUCGAGAAGGUGGCUUCUUGUUGAUGCGUGAAUUCUUCAAACCAGUGCACGAAUGGGGGCCCGCACAAGAUGAGCAUCGGGCGGAAUUCAUCAACAUGAUCCGCUCAAAUGAAUCGCUGCGUCGCUCGCGUAUUCGGAACACCAGCUCACACUUGUUCCCCGCUACGGUGGGCAAUGGAAGUCAGUUACAGCUGGGAUUCGGUCUCGGAGGGUCGGUGGUGAGCGGUUUGGCCGGUACAGGAAUUAUUGAUGAUACCGGAUUUUUCCAGAGUAAACUUAGUGUAGCCGAGAAAUUAACUCAAGCGCAUACAAAAGAGGUAAUGAAACGGGUUGCAAGCAAUGCGGAAUUCGCCUCCACAGAUGCCCUUGGUGUCCUCACAGCCAGUCAAACGGCGUUGGCGGCUGCUGCCGCAAGUUCUGCAGCUCUAUACGCUUUGGGUCAUCCACACCGUCACACCGGCAGCGUUCUACAAGUGGAGGAUGAAGCAGUAGAAACGCUAGAUCCGGCCAAUUUGAUAAAUUUCUCUAAGCAAGAACCUCCAAUCACGAUCACAGUGCCUCCGGAUGGAACGCAAAACAUCGAUGGGACCAAGCAUGAUAUUGGUGCCGGGGAUGUGCAGCGGCAUGUGCCUAUAAUCAGAGAGGAGACCGCAGAGGAGACAGCCAACGAAAGUAUGGAUAACGAAAGGAAGCCGUCGGAAAACGCGAAUAGUUCUGAACCUCAGCCUGCACUGUCUCAAUCACAGUAA